AUGGAUGUAGUAGUGCCUGUGCUCUGGACUCUAGCUGUCCAGGCCAGCCCAACCAGGUUGAACGAAGAGCAGCUUGACUAUCGUCUGGUAGUCUUUUGA